UGUUUCCCAAGUGUUUGAAACUGGGCUGCGGGCUGCGCGCCUCCGGCCCGGCGGGCGGGCGGCACCGGGCGGCCCCGAGGAGGAGCAGCGGGAGGAGGAGGAGGAGGAGCAGGAGGAGCGGAGGGGCUGCCCCUGACAGGCACUUCGCAGGGCGCGUUUUGUUUGCGGAGUGUUUCGGAGGGGCUGGCUCGAGCCCCCCGCCUCCCUCCUCCUCCUCCUCCUCCUCCCCCCCCCCCCCUCCACGCACACACACACACGGAUCCCUCCGAUUGUUCCCGUGCCGCCUCCUCCGUGAAUUACCCACGACGACAGCCAUUCAAUCAGCUGCUGCUGGCUGGAGGGGACUGGCGGAGGGUGUGUGUGUGCGUGCCGUGUGUGUGUGUGUGUGUGUGUGUGUGCGUGCGGCUCCCUCUGCCUCACACGAGAGCACUCCGAUGUAGCUGCUCUCGGCUUCUGGGGGGCGAGCCCAUCUCCCCCGCCUGCCUCCUCCGGGGGGAGCAGCACCCGCCGGGCCAGGGGGACAGAGAGAAGCGUGCGGAGAGAAGGAUCUAUUUUUUUUUUUAUUAUUAUUUUUUAUUUUUACUCCCCCCCCCCCCCCCUCCCCUUUUCGCCGGAUGAAAAUGUUGAGUCCUGCGAACGGCGAGCAGCUUCACCUCGUGAACUAUGUGGAGGAUUACCUGGACUCCAUCGAGUCGAUGCCCUUCGAUCUGCAGCGAAAUGUCUCCUUGAUGAGGGAAAUUGACGCCAAAUAUCAAGAGAUUCUGAAGGACCUGGAUGAUUACUACGAAAAAUUUAAACGAGAGACUGAUGCUGUGCAGAAGAGAAGAAUGUUGCACUGCAUACAGAGAGCAUUGAUUCGGAGUCAGGAGCUGGGCGACGAGAAGAUCCAAAUCGUCAGUCAGAUGGUAGAGCUUGUUGAGAACAGAACCAGGCAAGUGGACAGCCACGUGGAACUGUUUGAGACGUGCCAAGAGACUAACGACACCACUGGGAACAGCGGGAAAGCCAGCCAAGAUAAGUCAAAGAACGAGACAAUCGCCCAGGCUGAGAAGCCCAACAAUAAGAGGUCAAGGAGGCAAAGGAAUAACGAGAAUCGAGAAAAUGCUUCAAAUAAUCAUGAUCACGAUGACAUCACCUCAGGAACUCCAAAGGAGAAGAAAGCAAAGACAUCCAAGAAGAAGAAGCGAUCCAAGGCUAAGGCGGAGAGGGAAGCUUCUCCUCCAGACCUUCCUAUUGAUCCCAAUGAGCCAACAUACUGCUUAUGCAACCAAGUCUCCUAUGGAGAAAUGAUAGGAUGCGAUAAUGACGAGUGCCCCAUCGAGUGGUUUCACUUUUCCUGUGUGGGACUCAACCAUAAACCAAAGGGCAAAUGGUACUGCCCCAAAUGUCGAGGAGAAAAUGAGAAAACUAUGGACAAGGCAUUGGAGAAGUCUAAAAAAGAAAGGGCCUACAACAGGUAGUUUGUAGACUUUUCACGGCAAAGAAAAAUAAAACCACCAAACCAGUGUAUUUAUUGUCAGUGUCACCUUUGUUGAGGUGAAAGGAUUGUAAAAUGUAUAUUUUUAAAGGAGGUUUAAAACUGAACCAUUCCUGUUAUAGGGACGGCAAUAAGAGCAAUUUCUGUUUUUCAUUUGGUAAGCUGUAACAAGAAUAUGGUCUGUGGACCAACGUAUUCCAAAAGUAAAGUUAUAAGAGUUUAAACCGAAUAUUCAGGUGGGUCUUAAAAGAUAAAUUAAUGCUUUUUUUUUUUCUUCCCAGUGCUGGUAGCACUCUACCCAUUAAAAUUUUGAUGACAAAUAUUUCCGAAAUGUAAUUUCUUUUUCUUUAAUGAAGAAUGUUAUUUACAUUUGAACAGAAUUGUUAAAUAGCUUAGCCAUCUGGUUGUAUCUGAAUAAAGCUGCAGUACAUUACAAAUGUAACUUCUUUUGGUGAUGAGCAGUGCGAGAUCAAACAAAAGGAGGGUAAAAUUUGGUUCCUGCUACAAGGUGUCAGUAUAACAGUUCAAUAGCAAAUGUUUAAAUAGGCUUAGAGGAUUAUUUUUAAAAGAAAAGAAAAAGUUAAUGGUUAAAUUUUACACAACAAAUAUUUUAUAUGCUGGCCAAGUACCACAAGGGCCAUUUUAAAAUAAUUGAAUAUGUUUUAUAUUUAACCAGGAAGUGGUUUAGUAACGAGACUUAACAUAAAUGAAGCUUUAUACUGUCACAGAUAGUAGUGUAGCAAUCCUUAAUUUGUUUAAGUUGUAUAAAUGUACAUUCUUAAGUGGAGUUGCACUUACUGUAUUAUACUUGGAAAUGCAGCCAAAUGCCAUUGUGUAACCAAUGCGCAUUUCCUGCUGUAUGUAUGAAAAUUGUACAGCUGUGAUAUUAAGAAAUAAAUGAAACAACUUUGACAGUU